CCAUGCUCAUCACAAACCAGGCCAGCCAGAGCAUCCAGUGGCCGGCGAGCAAGCUGAGUACGUGCUGCCACUAGCAGGUGCGGUGCUCUAACUUGUCUGUGGUUGAGAGAUGGAGGCGAGGGUUGCGGUGCUCGUGCUGCUGGCGCUGGUGCUCGUCCCGGAGGCGUGCCGGGCGGAGCGGUUCGUCGUCGGCGACGCGGCGCGGUGGACGUGGGGGUACAACUACACCGACUGGGUCAUCAGGAAGGGCCCCUUCUUCCAGGACGACACCCUUGUGUUCACGUACGACCCGCCGAACGCGACGACGCACGCGCACAGCGUGUACAUGAUGCGGAACCUGGCCGACUACCAGUCCUGCAACCUCAAGGCGGCCAAGCUGGUGGCCGGCGUGACCGAGGGCGCCGGCGCGGGCUUCGAGUUCGUCCUCAAGAAGCGCAAGAUGCACUACUUCGUCUGCGGCGAGCGCCAAGGCCUCCACUGCACCGCCGGCCAGAUGAAGUUCAUCGUCAAGCCCAAGAGCUCCGUCUGCCGCGACUGACCGCCCCCCUGCUCCUCGCAGGCCCGCCGGUCGUCCAUGGCGUCCACAGCCUUCGCCGUCUUCCUCUUCUGCAUGCCCCCUUCUUCUUCCUAUUCUGUCUUGAAUCAUUUGUUAUACUUGCCGCUUGUAAGUUAUCACAAUUGUUGCAUUCAUAUGUGUCGUGUGGUGUAAACUGUGUUGCGUGAUACGCUAUUUAUGCAUGACUCGGUGCUUGAAUAAAGUAGGGAGUGUGUGCGCGCGUGUGUUGCUAUAAAUUAAUGGAGGAUGUGAUGAGAAAUGAGGGACUGUUAGUCCAUUA